AGCAGCGCGGGCGGUCCCUCCCCGCUCCGGUCCCAGACCCGCGGUGUCGGGGCGGGGCGUGCUUGUCAGACGCUGGAGCUAGAAAAGGCGGCGGCCGGGUCCGGCGAGGUGACAGCCCAACUUGGACGCCUGGCCAGGCCGACGCCGCCAUGAGCGCCGCACUUUUCAGCCUGGACAGCCCCGCGCGCGGCGCACCCUGGUCCUCCGAGCCCACGGCCUUCUACGAGCCAGGUAGAGUGGGCAAGCCCGGCCGCGGGCCCGAACCGGGGGAUCUAGGGGAGCCGGGCUCCACGGCCCCUGCCAUGUACGACGACGAGAGCGCCAUCGACUUCAGCGCCUACAUUGACUCCAUGGCCGCUGUGCCCACCCUGGAGCUGUGCCAUGACGAGCUCUUCGCCGACCUCUUCAACAGCAACCACAAAGCGGCCGGCGCGGGCGGCCUGGAGCUGCUGCCCGGCGGCCCCACUCGCCCCCUAGGUGCGGGUUCAGCCACCCGGGGCCCGCUCAAGCGUGAGCCCGAUUGGGGCGACACCGACGCGCCGGGCUCCCUGCUGCCCGCGCAAGUGGCCGUGUGCGCGCAGACGGUGGUGAGCCUGGCGGCCGCGGCGCAACCCACACCGCCCACGUCGCCCGAGCCCCCUCGAGGCAGCCCAGGGCCGAGCCUCGCGGCCGGCCCCGUCCGAGAGAAGGGCGCCGGCAAGAGGGGUCCGGACCGCGGCAGCCCCGAGUACCGGCAGCGGCGUGAGCGCAACAACAUCGCUGUGCGCAAGAGCCGCGACAAGGCCAAGCGCCGCAACCAGGAGAUGCAGCAGAAGUUGGUGGAGCUGUCGGCCGAGAACGAGAAGCUGCACCAGCGCGUGGAGCAGCUCACGCGGGACCUGGCCGGCCUCCGGCAGUUCUUCAAACAGCUGCCCAGCUCGCCUUUCCUGCCCCCCACCGGCACCGACUGCCGGUAACGCGCGGCGCGGGCCUCAGAGACUCCAAACGACCGAUACCUCAGACCCCGACGGCCGGGAGUGGACGCCGCCAGAGCUGCUGCAGUUUCUUUGGGACGUGCGAGCGACCGGAAGCUGCAGCUUGGACACUGGACUGCGAGAGAAGCUGUAUGAGUCUUUCCCCCUUAAAUUAUUUUUUUAUAAUGGUAGCCUUUUCUACGUCUUAUUACCAUUGCAGCUAAGGUACAUUUGUAGAAAGAGAAGACUUUUCGAAGACUUUUGUAGAUAAGAGGAAGAGACUGCGCAUGCUUUUUGUAUUAAUUUUUACAAUAUUUGUAAGAAUAAAGAAGCAUUUAAAUU